UUGCUUCACGUAACACACGAAAACCGGGGAAUGCCUCCAAGCAUUCUCCACCUUGUAUAAAUUCUUCAGUGAGAGAUCUUUCUUAGGAGAUUCAUUCGUGAAACAAGUUUUGACAAGACGCAUCUUCUCUAUCCUCAUUAAGGAAAUACAUUCAAGAAUGAAGGGGAUCUACAUUACGAUAUUGCUGGUAGUUUCGGCUACAGCUUUACCAAAUCCGGAUACAGAAAAACAGACACCUUCCAAAGUGGAAACAGAGUCUCAGCCAGCCACAGCUAGAGCAGCCCGGUUUGAUGAGAGAAAAUUCAAUAGCAACAAGCAAGCUGCACCUACCUCCAACGAUCUGGACACAAACAAGAAACAAGUAUCUCAGUUCCUAACAUCUAAAAACGUUAUUCGUACUCUCGUGAAGCUGAUUUUUGGCAACGAUGAAGAAAGCGCUGCGACAUCAAAACAAAUCCUAAAUAUUUUUGUCAGUGUUCUGGACAUGUUAAAGAGCACAUUAGGUCAGAGGGCAAGAUCUGCAACAUCUAGGGGGUCUCGAGCUGUUUUAGAUGAUGCUGCCAUAGCCAGUGCUUCUCUUCUUAAAGGCUACAUUCGGGCAUUUAUGACAAAUAACAACACUUGUGUGCAAAAGUACUUAUGUGAAGCAAGCAAGGAGGCUGUUAAUGACGGUAGAGAAGUCGGAUAUCUGAUCGCCCAAAUUGGAGGAUAUGCGGCAAGUUAUGCUUUGGAAACUCAGAAAGCUGCUGCAUUCCAAGAAAAUUAUGCUGCAUCGCGCCGAGGUCGAAGUGGAGAAGACUGCAAAUCGAUCUAUCAAGUGUGUAACGAAGUUGAAUAGUCGGUCACAUUUCUGAAGACUACUUAUCAUACCGCACCGAUUUCUGUUAGCUGGACUGACAAUCAUUGACACAUUGCACUUUUUUUAGAAACUUGUAUUUUAUGUUUAUAAGAGUGAAAUUCGCAUAUGUGAAUAUCUCCUAACAUGUAAUAUUUUCCAAACAGUUAUUUAUUAUAAUUUUUGUUUUCACCAUACACUUUUGCCUAAUAGCACACUUUGAAUUCAUAUAUUAUUGUGUUUCAUGACAAUGUUUUUUUGUUUUUUGUAAUAAAAUGAAAAGCACUCA